UGUGUUCACAAUGCAUUGUGGGAAGCAGAAGCUACAGUCAGUUGGGAAAAAACGUUGUACAGAAAGCCUGCUUAUCCGUGUUUAAACUUCAUCUCCUGUGCCCUGAAUCUUUAUAUACAUCAUCGAAAGCAAUGACUUUUCACUCAGCACUUUCAUCGAGCUAUUCAAGCCACAAUUGUAAAAGAUUGUAAGCUGUCAAGAAGACCGUAAUAAAGGAGUAAGACGCUCAGUUUCCUGGCUCAUGAAAAAUGAGUUUGGCUUGCUGUUGACCUGCGUUAACAUACACGGUGUAUCCAACACGUAGCGAUAACAGUACAGUGAAAAGUCACGUCAGCAGUUGGUGGAAGAUAAAGUUUAUGCCACAGCGAUGGAUGCCCACGGGGAGAAGGCAGAAGAAAUGGCUAACUCAGGAGACAAAGCAUCAUCAGAAGCUAGCUCUCGAUCCAAAUACUCUGGCUCCAAGCGCUCAUCUUCCAAGUUGUCCUCAAGGUCCAGUGUAUUAGAAGCAGCCAUCUUUGCAAGAGCUUCUGCUGAAGCUACAAACACCAAAGCCUUGUACAGUAAGAGACAAUUGGAAAUUAAAAAGCAGCAAGCAAACCUGGAAAUGGAUUUACAGAUAUUAGAGAUAGAAAAAAAAGCUGCAGCCGCUAAGGUAAAAGCAGAGGUCCUGGAAGCUGCCGCAGCUGUCGAACAAGACAAAGGAGAAAGUUUAAAAAGUUCAGUCCCACCACAAGUUACCAGACAGAGAACUAUGGAGUAUGUGCAACAUCAAAGCCAGCUAAAGUCACACCCGGCUGAAGAAGCAACACCUCAAGUCAAACUGACAGCAAAGGCACCAUCAUUCACUCCAAGGGAGCCAACCUGCUCUCCACCUGUACUCUCAAAAAUGUACACAGAGGAGGAAACUUUUGGCCCACCAAGAGAGUAUGUUGAACCGAAAAGUCACCAUGCUCCUCACAAUAGUGAUACACCUAUGGCUGACUUUGCUAAGUUCCUUGCACGCAGAGAGUUAAUCACAACAGGGCUCUUUAAGUUUGAUGACAACCCCGAAAAUUUUAGAGCAUGGCAGUCUUCAUUCUUAAAUGCAACUGGAGGCAUUGAUCUUACAUACAGCCAGCAGUUAGAUCUCCUAGUCAAAUGGCUCGGUAAAGAGUCCUCAGAGCAUGUUAAAAGAAUCCGGGCUGUUUAUACCAGUAGCCCCAAAGCUGCCUUCCAGUUGUCAUGGGAUAGGCUGGAGGAGUGUUAUGCUACACCUGAAGUAGUAGGGAAUGCCCUGUUUAAAAAACUGGACGGUUUUCCUCGCCUUACAAAUAGAGACAAUGUUAAACUUAGGGAACUAGGAGAUUUGCUCCUAGAGCUGCAGGUCGCUAAAGACGAAGCCUACCUCCCAGGCCUCGCUUACCUCGACUCGCCACGCGGGGUUAAGCCCAUAGUGGAAAAGCUGCCUCCAAGCUUACAAGAUAAAUGGCUCCACACUGGUUCAAAAUACAAACAGAAUUAUAAUGUGACAUUCCCUCCAUUCUCAUACUUUGUAAAGUUUGUCCAAGAGGAGGCAAAAGCGAGAAACGAUCCAAGUUUUGUGUCGUGCAGCAGCCAACCCCUCAACAAAGGUGAGACCACCAUUCAAACAAACUAGCUACAAAUCACCUCUAACUGUAAAUAGAACAGAGGUUGAUACAAGUGCCUCUGCUAGUAUCAGAGAGGAUGAUCUAACACGUUAUUGUCCAGUCCACAAGAAAACGCAUCCUCUAGCCAAAUGUAGAGCUUUCCAGAUCAAACCACUACAAGAAAGACAAAACAUACUCAAAGAACACAAACGAUGUU